UGAACAUGGUAUUGAUUUGACUUUUAUUUGGCUAUUUCUAGCAAUAAAUGGCAGAAGCUUCUUCUAGAGAAAAUAGAUCAGAUUAUGGGAGAUCUAUUUCUGAGAAACAAGCUUUUCGCCUAUACUUCCAUAGAUUUUUGUUCUUAACACACUCCAUAACCAUCACAAUGAGGAAUACAACACUGACAUAUCGCUUGAGAGGCACAAAGUUGAUCUAUUUUUUCAUAAUCAGGUAUACUAUGGAAGUAGAUCACCAUAUUACACGUUGUUGCCUCAGGUUCAUUACAUGAGUGUUGUCCAGUUUGCAUUGUCAUCAUUGAUCUUGACUUAGCUCUGAAUGCCAUUGUGCAUGUGAAGAGUAGCAAAGUCAUGAUAAUUAUCGCUUUAGUGUUCAUUUUGUAAAUUAUUAUC